AUGGUGGGGCGGGAGAAAGAGCUCUCCAUCCACUUCAUUCCUGGGAGCUGCUGGCUGGAAGAAGUAAACAUCCCCAGUAGGCAGGUUCUAGUUACUGAUGCCACUGGGCUUCUUGGCAGAGCUGUGUACAAAGAAUUUCAGCAGAAUAAUUGGCAUGCUGUUGGUUGUGGUUUUAGAAGAGCAAGACCAAAAUUUGAACAGGUUAAUCUGUUGGAUUCUAAUGCAGUUCAUCACAUCAUUCAUGAAUUUCAGCCUCAUGUCAUAGUACAUUGUGCAGCAGAGAGAAGACCAGAUGUUGUAGAGAAUCAGCCAGAUGCUGCUUCUCAACCUAAUGUGGAUGCUUCUGGGAAUUUAGCUAAGGAAGCAGCUACAAUUGGAGCAUUUCUCAUUUAUAUUAGCUCAGAUUAUGUAUUUGAUGGAACAGAUUCACCGUACAGGGAGGAAGACAUACCAAGUCCCCUAAAUUUGUAUGGUAAAACAAAAUUAGAAGGAGAAAAGGCAGUCCUGGAGGAUAACAUAGGAGCUGCUGUUUUGAGAAUUCCUGUUCUGUAUGGGGAAGUUGAAAAGCUUGAAGAAAGUGCUGUGACAGUCAUGUUUGAUAAAGUGCAGUUCAGCAACAAGUCAGCAAACAUGGACCACUGGCAGCAGAGGUUUCCCACACAUGUCAAAGAUGUGGCUACUGUGUGUUGGCAGCUGGCAGAGAAGAGAAUGCGACCAUCAAUUAAGGGAACCUUUCACUGGUCUGGUAAUGAACAGAUGACCAAGUAUGAAAUAGCAUGUGCAAUUGCAGAUGCCUUCAACCUCCCCAGCAGUCACUUAAGACCUAUCACUGACAGUCCAGUCAUAGGAGCUCAACGUCCAUGCAAUGCUCAGCUUCACUGCUCCAAAUUGGAGACCUUGGGCAUUGGCCAGCGAACGCCAAUUCGAAUUGGAAUCAAGGAAUCACUCUGGCCUUUCCUCAUUGACAAGAGAUGGAGACAGACAGUCUUUCACUAG